AAAAUGAUUAAAACUUAUCCACAGGAUUUGUUCCUCUCGUCCUGUCUGUCCCUCGUCAGUACUAUCUGAUCCAGCAGGGGAAAAACUGGAGUGAUGCUCAGGCUUACUGCAGAGCCACACACACUGACCUGGCUAUCAUCGACAGUAAUGACAACAUGGUCCGACUUCAGAAUGAAGCACAGAGACAUCAAUUCAGUUCCAGUGCUUGGAUUGGACUCUACAAUCCCAUCAACAGCUGGCGCUGGUCAAUGGGAAAUGAACCACUGGGAAGCACAAGAUGGGGUAAAGGUGAACCUGACAACUGGCAUGGAAAUGAGGAGUGUGUUUUCAUGUUAGCCUCAGGUUGGGCAGAUGGUCCCUGUACUUCAUUACAGACAUCUGUUUGUUUUGAUGACAGAUAUACUGGAAAUCAGAGGUACAUUUUCAUUUCUACUACUAUGACAUGGCUUGAAGCUCAGGCUUACUGCAGACAGCAUCACACAGACUUGGCCAGCUCGAGAGAUACUACUGAAGACACAGUUAUAAAGGGAGUGGUCUCAAGCUACACUUGGUUUGGUCUGUUCAGAGACUACUGGAAGUGGACAGACCAAACCAAGUUCUCUACCAUCAGCUGGAUGACUGGAAAACCUGAUAAUGCUCUGGGGAAUGAAAACUGUGGUUAUAUAAAUAACGGUCAGGCUGCUGAUGCUCUGUGUUCAGACAUAAUGCCUUUCUUCUGUUACUCUGGUGAGUUAAUGUUUUAUUUAGUCUUACAUUUAGGCAAAUUAAAUUGA